AUGGCGUCUCAUCGUGAGCCCGAGCCGAGGCCCAUUAACGCCGUGUUCAUCGGGGCAGGAGCAGUUGGGUGCUUCUACGCCUCGCGCCUGCAUCAUCCUCAACAAAACGUCCGCGUGUCACUCGUCGCCCGGUCCAACUACAAGGCCAUUGCUGCGUCGGGCGUCAAGCUCGAGACGCACUCGUUUGGCGACUACGUCUUCGCGCCCGAAGCGGCGUAUCCCUCGGUGACGGCAGCGGCCGAGGCCGUGGCGGACUGGGAUUACAUUUUUGUGACGACGAAGGCGCUGCCGGACCGGUCGGACGACGCGGCCAUGAAUGCGCCGCUCGUGGGACCGGCAUCGUCAUCGUGCUGA